UCUUCAUUUUCUUGUCGCAAGAGCUCUGAAUCUGAUUCAGAGCAUCACAUACAAACAUAUAUAUUUAUAAAUAUAAUUAUAUAUAUGUUUAUGCAAAGUUUUUGUUGCUUACAUGUGCCUUUGAUGGCCCCAUUCCCUUAAUUAACCUCAAAGAUUUCUGUUUUUAUUUAUUUUUUUCUUUCUUAAACAAAAGAAAAAAAAGCCCCCAAAUCUUGAUCUUUCCCCAACACAACUAGGGUUUGUUUUUGUUUUUGUUUUUGUUUUUGAUCAAAAACAUAUUUCUAGUGGCCCUUUCGGUUUUAAAAGAAGGCAAGGCAAAAAAGGUGCCUCUUUCUUCACAACCAAGGGCCACGAAAUGGGAUGUUUUUGGCAAAAACAGUGAAAGAUGGUUUUGGUGAAUUGGGCGAUUGAGGUGUAAGAAUGGAGAGGCAGCCGCCGCCUCCGGCCACGCCGCGGAAGAAGAUCGUGAAGCAGCUCACGGGGAAGCGGGAGGACACGGCGCUGCAUUCCGCGGCUAGAGCCGGGCGGAUUGAGGCCAUAAGGAGCAUCAUUGAUGGCGCCGGGGGCGAGGACGAGCUCGGGGAUUUUUUAACGAAGCGCAACUCAGCUGGUGAGACGCCCUUAUUCGUGGCCGCCGAGUAUGGCUACAUGGAGGUGGUGAGGGAGAUGAUCAAGCAUUACUCUUUAGCCGACGCCGGAAUCAAAGCCAAGAAUGGAUUUGAUGCUCUCCACAUUGCUGCCAAGCAAGGAGAUUUAGAAGUUGUGAAGGUGUUGAUGGAGGCGCACCCGGAGCUGUCGAUGACGGUGGAUUCGUCGAACACGACGGCGUUGCACACGGCGGCGACGCAAGGGCACAUAGAGAUAGUGGAGUAUUUCUUGGAGUCGGAGAGCAAUCUGGCUGCGAUAGCCAAGAGCAACGGGAAAACGGCACUGCAUUCUGCGGCGAGGAACGGGCACGUCCGCGUCGUGGACGCCCUGCUCGACAAGGAGCCGGGGAUCACGACGCGGACGGAUAAGAAGGGGCAGACCGCUCUUCACAUGGCCGUGAAAGGCCAGAAUGUUGAGGUGGUGGAGAAGCUCAUCGCCGCCGAUCCCUCCACCAUCAACAUGGUCGACACUAAGGGAAACACUGCUUUGCACAUAGCCGCUCGCAAAGGCAGAGCUCAGAUUGUGAAGAUGCUGCUGGACCACAACGAAACCAACACGAAGUUGGUGAACAGGUCGAACGAAACCGCGCUCGACACGGCGGAGAAGCUCGGGCAGGCGGAGGCGGCGGCCGUGCUGCAGGAGCACGGCGUGGUGACCGUGAGGGCGAUGAAGCCCGAGCCGGCGAGGCGGGCGCGGGAGCUGAAGCAGACGGUGAGCGACAUCAAGCACGAGGUGCACCACCAGCUGGAGCACACGCGCCAGACGAGGCGGCGCGUGCAGGGCAUCGUGAAGCGGCUGGACAAGAUGCACGCGGAGGGCCUCAACAACGCGAUCAACUCGACCACCGUGGUGGCCGUGCUGAUCGCCACGGUGGCCUUCGCGGCCAUCUUCACGGUCCCGGGGGAGUACGCGGACGACCCGCAGAACCUCGCCCCGGGGCUCUCCCUGGGGGAGGCGAACGUGGCCCCGCAGCUCCCCUUCCUCAUCUUCUUCCUCUUCGACUCCUUCGCCCUCUUCAUCUCCCUCGCCGUCGUGGUCGUGCAGACCUCGGUGGUGGUGAUCGAGAGCAAGGCCAAGAAGCAGAUGAUGGCCAUCAUCAACAAGCUCAUGUGGCUCGCCUGCGUGCUCAUCUCCGUCGCGUAUUUGGCUCUCGCGUUUAUCGUCGUGGGGCGGCAGGAGAAGUGGCUCGCCAUCGCGGUGGCGCUCAUCGGCACCACCAUUUUAGCCACCACGUUAGGCACCAUGAUUUAUUGGGUGAUUGUGCAUCGGAUCGAGACCAAGAAAAAGAGGAGUUUGAGGAGGAAGAGCUCUCGAAUCAGCCAUGGCUCGAGAUCAAUGUCGAUAACGCUGCUCUCUGAUUCCGAUGUUUUAAACGCUGAUUGCAAGAAAAUGUAUGCAAUUUGACCACUUCAAACUAAAUCUCUAAUCAAACUAAUCAUACAAAAUACACAUCGUUGCAAUAUAAAUCCCAAUGUUAAUAAGAUCUUAUAUAGCGAAUUAGAUCCAACUUUUAAGACACUAACUUAAACUAGGGGUGAGCAAAAUACUCGUAAUCCGAAUAUCCGAUCCCAACCAAGCAAAAAUUUGAAAUUUGGUUCGGAUUUUUUUCGGAUUCGAUUGGAUUGACAUUUAAAUAAAUUUCGAAUUUUC